AUGAUACAGAUAUCGAGGUUAAGGUGGAUAAAGAAGGAGGUGACUCCAUUAAUGCUGCGACUACUCCAGCCUCCCCUUCUCUUACAAAGAUAUAGCGAAAAAUGCAACCGAAAUAGGAGACCGGGCAGCGUAGAGAAGAAAUAUGGGGAAAGUUCAACCACUGAGCUCCUGCAGCAUGCUGCAAAAAAGGUUGCCUACUUGUUCGUCAAUCAUUCUUCGACAAUAAUCCGAGGAAUUUCACUGACGUUGGAGGAGGAGUUCUUGGUUGUCAAGGAUUCCACUCGAGCUUCUGAACCUCUCAGGGAGGCUUGUCUUUGA